AUGAAUACAAAGGUCGACGAUGCACAAUCAAACUAUGAAGAUACUGAAAAUCUCAAUUAUUCGUAUGACGGUAUAAAACAACUGAAAUGGUACGAGCAUGUAAUACUUAACCGGCCAUUGCAGGUCUUCGUUGGUCUUGUGCUAGUAGCUGUAUUAGUUCCAUUAAUACUGUACCAAUUUCAUUUCAUACCCAGCGGAGGCUUCCAGCUUUCAGUAGGGUCAUGUCUCGUACCACAAACUUCAAGAUUACCUUGUGGCCCCGGUAACGUAUCGGAAAGAGAAUGCCACGCACAAUGUUGUUAUGACGUCAAAACUGGUUUUUGCUUCCACCGACUACCGUCUAGAUUCUCAUACAUCAUGGACGUACCCUGGUCCCAAUACCUCGUUUUACACCCACGGGUUUCUACAAUACCCUACAACUCUAAAGCCAGCCUUAGGAACCUACGACUUUCUAUAAAUGAACGGACAGCCACUCAACUCACUAUACACUUCUAUAACGGAAAGGAGCCCCUGAGAGCUGGACAAAGGUUAUACAACAAAACAUAUUCAUACACGGUCUCAUCUCCCGAACUUAAUAUAGAGGUUAAGGGACCUCAAGGAACAAUUUUUAACACAAUCAGGGGACCCUUGAUCGCGUCUGAUGGCAUUUGGGAAGUGACAUUUCAAUUAACAAACGCCACAAUGUACGGUUUGGGUGAAUUACCGCUAUCCUCGGGCACUGCAAAGGUAAUUUAUAGCCACAAUAAAGACUUUAGUUCGAUUCCACUGAUAUUUGCAAAGUACAAUGGGUCGUAUCACGGGCUAUUAUUGGACACGCCCGCACCGACUGAGAUUAUGGUGCGAGACGAAAAUGAAAUAAUAGUCAGAAGUUUGACGGGUACUGGACUUAAAUUUCAUUUGUUUGUGGGUCCGACGCCGAAGGAUAUUAUGAACGAUGCCAUGAAUUUAAUCGGGUCUAAUUGGAAACUUGAAUAUUGGAUGUUGGGCGCUCAUAUUUGUGGAACAUCAGACAAAGAUCUUAACAAUUAUAUUAAUACACUGACAGCAGCAAACAUACCAUUUGAAAGUCACUGUGGGCACAGACCAAUUGUACUGGGAAGCAAUCGUUGUGAAGAUAUGGAGGUGAAAAACUUACAAGAUGUUGAUAGCGGUGCUAAUUUGAUACGACAGGCUAGGAAGAGAUUUGUGCCACAUAUUUCCCCGUAUAUUCGAUUCAACGAAGAUACAACCACGUUAAAGUCACCCGCUUGUACAAUUUUACCGGAAUUCGACUUAUUCAUGUACCACGAUCCCCACACAUUCGAAAUAUACAAAGGCGAAGUUGGUGAAGUAAAAGUAAUGUAUCCGGCCUACGACGUAGCUUCCAUCCAUUUUCUUAAGAGAUUAUGGCCCUUUACGAAUAAAUUCGACGGAUUGAUAAUAGAAAAUAAUUGGCCCCUGGAUCAAUCUGAUAAAUCGGCCCAAGACCCGUCGCCAUAUUUAGAUUAUUACAAUGAGAAUUUUAAAGCGGCUCUCACUAAUACGCCUACAUGGAAUAUGACUUUAAUAGACAAAACGAAAUAUUUUUUCAAGCAUAAUACAUAUGGAGAAGAGUCUGUCAAAGCAAUUAUGAAUAUGACUGGAGAUCGCAUUGUUCCCGCUGUUAGUAAUCAUUGGAUGAACGGAAAUGUGAUGAUAAAUAGACAGAACAUUGACGCGUUGUGGUUAAAUCUCCAUAGAGAACUAAUUCAUGCAGCCCUAGGAGGUAUAUCAGGUCAUUGGCUAUGGUCAUCCCCAAUUUGUGGAGAUACCAAAUUUUUCCCUGAAAACCAGACUGAUCUUUGUGCCAAAUGGUACAUGGCUUCUACAUACUUUCCACUAGUUAGAAUAGAUGCGAACACGCCAGCCCGCGAUCCUACAGCCUUUAAUGGAAACUAUAGAAAUUAUAUGGUAACAGCGUUGAAUAGACGUCUCGCAUUUAUACCAUACUUCUAUACUGUCCUACAACAAGGCCCGCUACUACGACCAAUGUUUUACCAAUACCCACAAGCUGACUAUUUUGAGAAAACCAAUUCACAAUUCUCUGUAGGAGAUGACUUAUUAAUUGUUCCGAAUCUUCAUGUGAUGCAAAGUUACGUACAUGUAACCAUGCCUCCGGGAACUUGGUAUGAGAUAUGGGGAGGAGAAAGAGUAAAUGUAACAGAAGGAAAAAUUGCGACAGUGCCAACCUUGGAGUCGGAUUUUUUGACUCUCAUACGCGGAGGAUCGAUUAUAGCACUGCAAAAUGAAAUACACGGAACGGCUGAAAACACAAGAAAGAAUUCCUUAUUUUCUAUUGUCAUUGCGUUACAAUGUCUCAAUACCACCAGCUGCUCAGCCUCAGGGGAAGUAUACUUUUUGCCGGAGCUCACUCUUAAAUUUCGUGCUACUCAUGAGAAGUUGUACGUGACCGCGCAAGGUGAUGAUUUUUCAACCAUGUGUAAUUUCCCAAAUAACGAUAUUAUGGAAGACGCCGGAGAUAUUAAAAUUUUCGGCUUGGAGUCGCAAUUUAAUAAUUAUGACACAUAUAGGCACUUCGAAGAAUACGUUAUGUUUUGUGACUUGGAGGUACAAGAUGUCAUAGAAGUGAAUUUGAUUUAA